AGAAUUAGUUAUGAAGUAAUGAGCUGCCUUCUUUCUUUGCCUUGGAGACUCAGCUCUUUGCUCCCAUGUUCUUCCACAGCUCUGGUUGUCUUGUCCUUCAGUGGCGCCAUCGGACUGACCUUUCUGAUGUUGGGAUGUGCCCUGGAGGGUUAUGGAGUGUACUGGCCUCUGUUUGUGCUGCUGUUUCACGUGAUCUCCCCCAUCCCUCACUUCAUUGCCAAGAGAGUCACAGAAGACUCAGAUGCCUCAAGCAGUGCCUGCCAGGAACUGGCCUACUUCUUCACCACGGGGAUCGUCGUGUCCGCUUUUGGACUUCCUGUCAUCCUUGCAAGAGUUUCUGUGAUCAAGUGGGGAGCCUGCGGCCUGGUGUUAGCGGGCAACGCGGUCAUUUUUAUCACCAUUCAAGGCUUCUUCCUGGCUUUCGGGAGAGGAGAUGACUUCAGCUGGUAGCCGUGGUGGGCCUGGCGAGGGCUGCCACGUUGGACUCCGCUCUGGAUCGCUCCCGCGCCACGAGUUGCUCUCGGUAGAAGCGUGUGGGGCGACGCCGUGUCUCCCUUUCACGUUUUAAUAUGCCUUUUUUGUAUUUCUCUCACACAGUCCCUUGGGGGGGCCCAGCCACUCUGAGCAAUAAUAGAGCUAUCGCUAGUUCUUUCUCCGCGUUCCUGUCUAUGAGUUAGAGUAGCCGACAGACUCCCUUUCAUUUUAACUCGUUUUCCGCUCUUUUUGUGUGUCUGCGAGUUGGUAAACAUUCUUGGAGACGGCUUGGUGAUCGUUGCCGGGCAGGGCCCCAGCGCUGGGCACGAGGGCCUCGGGAGGUCGUCCGCUGGGUAGGCAGACGGCCGGGAGCCACAGACAGUCACAGCCGCUCCCUAGCGCCAUCCCAAGGCGGUGGCGGGGAGCCAUUGGCGUCCCCAUCCCCUCGCGCGGGCCCCUCCCCACGUAGUAGGUGCUUAGUGUCUGCUGCAUCGAGAGCAAUGGAAUCGCUACGGUCUGCUGCCCCGUGGAGCUGCGAGGGACGGAGGUGGCAGGUCUUUAGCGCAGAGGACUUGACUUGGCUCCACCAGCGUCCAAGGACGGACUUCUGGGCGUCUGGGAAUUCCAUGAGGCCUCCCGUCCACUCGGCCGCCCCUCCUUUAUCCUUCUUUGUCUUCUGCUUCAUUUCAUUCGGAGAGAGCUCCGAGGCUUUCCUCGAUCGCCAGAGGAGUCCGUGACCCGAAGGAUGACCGCCUCUGCCUUAGAGGGACGGUGCAGCGUGAUGGAUUGCGGGCUAGCCGUGGGGUCAAGGAGACCCGGGUUCGAGUCCCACUGUGUGGCUCUGAGUAAAUCACUUCAUUUCUCAAGGUCCUCAGGCAACCCUCUUGAAAACAAGAUGCAGAUGAAUUUCUGAUUUGCAACAGUAGAAGGAAAUUCCACAGGGGAUGAAAAUAGAGGUGCGGGAUGCCCCCUAAAGCUAUUUAGAAGGGCUGCACGGGGAAGCAGGUGACCUGAGUUCUAGUCCUGACUGCUAUUUGUGACUUUAAAAUCUUUGGGCCUCAGUUGGCUUCUUUGUAAACAUGGGGCUAAUGCCCCCCCCCAGCAGCUUGAAGGCAGAUGACUGGGCCAUGUGCUUCUCAUGUGGUCCCUUCCACUUCUAAGAUUUAGGAUGGUUUUUUCAUAUCGCUCCUCUGUAAAGGAAGUUCCCCAUAAGAGAUGACUUUUCCUUCCCAUCCCUCAGUCCUUGGACCUGGGUUUAAAUACCAGUUCUGUGAUUUAGUGCUUACGUGACCAUGUGCAAGUCAAUUUCCUUCCCUUGUGCCUCAGUUUCCUUUUUUGUAAAGUGAAGGUGUCAGACCGCAUGACCUCUUAAGGCCUCUAUUACUUCAGAACAUUGAUCGCCCUAAGCCAGGCCGUGGCAGCUCUGGUCAGGACCUCAGCCAGCUCACGGUGGGGUGAGCCUCAGCACUGGAGGAUCCCUCUUUGCUUUCCGUCCUCACUCUCCUUUUGUUUCUUGUUCUUCCUUCGUAGCAGGGUCAUUGGGCAGAAUUGAGCAGGGAUUCUCAUGGAUUAUAAUUCUUCCUUUUCCGACUCUCUCUUUGUUCUCCUUUAUUAGCAGGGUCAUUGGGCAGAGUUGAGCAGGGAUUCUCACCCAUUACAAUUCUUCCUCGCUGGGCCACUUUCUUCUUGCUGGUUCUCUUUGUUCUCCCUUAUUAGCAGGGUCAUUGGGCAGAGUUGAGCAGGGAUUCGCUCUUUCUUUCUUUCCUGCAUUUCUUCCUUUGGUUAUUCCCUUUCCUUCUAUUGGUUCUCUCUUCCCACCCUGUCCCCAUCUCCAGUGGAACAGCGAGUACAGGCUGAGGAAGGUCUGAGUCAGGGGGCUUCUCCAUUUCCCAAACGUGCCUGAGUCACUGAACAAAACUGUCUGCACAACUGACACCUUGAUCAAUGCUUGGAAAACACCGUCUGUUUGCUCUAAUCAGCUGCCUCGUGUUUACUCUUUUAUGUACAAGGACAUCAGUCAGAGCUGAAUAUAACCAUUUCAGAAAACCGUC